AUGAGAACCUCUGGGUCCUACUCGGCAAGUUAUGGAGGAGGUGCGGGAUACUCCACUGGCGGCGGAGCAUAUCCAGGUUCUUCAUCAACAACAACAAUAAAGACUACAAAGGUGACCUCUUACGGCGGUGCUGGAGGUGGAGCUGCUGCAGGCGGCGCUGGUUACGGAGGAGCCGGAUAUUCGACAUCUUAUAGUGCGGGAGGAAGCUUCAGGACUCAGUCAUCUGGGGGUCAGAGUGGAUCCUAUAGUACAGGAGGUCGGGGAUCAUCAAGCGUUGUAACCACAGUUAGGAAAACUGUUGUUUCAAGUCCAGUGGUGACGCGGUAUGAAACACAUACUAUUGGACAGUAG